AUGCUUCAUUUGGCAAUGGAUAAAGCUGUGGAGUUGGGGCUAAUUGAAGGCUUUCAAGAUGUUAUUCUUGGACAGAAUUUUGCUCAUUUACAAUUCACGGACGACACUAUACUAUUCUUAAGAGUAGAUGGAAAGGAGAAAUUAACAUAUAAGGAGAAAUGUAUUAAUAUAUUUAAGGAGAACUUGGAAUACAUUGAGAACUUUAACAAUGGCAGAAAUAGGAGUUUUAAGUUAGGCCUCAAUAAAUUUGCAGACAUGACACAGGAUGAAUUCAUUGCAACUCACACCGGAUACAAGAUAAACAAUCUCACAAUGUCUGAAUCAACAUCGUUUAUGUAUGAAAACUACUCAAACGCUCCGAUAAACUUUCAUUAGAGGGACCAAAAUGCUGUCACUCCUAUCAAGUUUCAGGGUCGAUGUGGAUGUUGUUGGGCAUUUUCAGCAAUGGCAGCCGUUGAAGGGUUAAUCAAAAUCAAAACUAGUAAAUUAAUCUCAUUUUCUGAGCAACAACUAUUGGAUUGCAGCACAAAUGGAGGAAACCAAGAUUGCAAAGGAGGAUGGAUGAUGAAUGCUUUCGAUUACAUUAGCCCAAACCAAGGAAUAACCUCUGAAGAAAGCUACCCAUAUCAACAAAUGCAAGAAACUUGUGACACACAGAUAAACAAAGUUGCCACCAUCAGUGGCUAUCAAAUGGUGCCUAAAAACGACAAAAAAGCAUUGCUUAAAGCCGUCAAGAAUCAACCGGUAUCGGUUGCACUUGAAGGCCAUGGAUGAGACUUUCAUUUUUACAAUGGUGGAGUGUUUAAAGGAGAUUAUGAAAAUUCUCUCACCCAUGCAGUCACUAUUGUUGGAUAUGGGACAAGUGAAGAAGGUUUAAACUAUUUUUUUAUUAAGAAUUCAUGGGGUGAAACCUGGGGUGAAAAUGGGUAUAUGAAGAUCCAAAGGAAUGUGAAUAUGAAAGGUGGCUUAUGCGGUAUUGCCAUGAAAGCUUCGUACCCAAUUGCAUAA